GGUCUGAUAUGGUUUGGUUUUUUUAAAUUUGGGCAGAACAUCGUUGCAGAAAAGGAUAAUACUGCAACGCUUACACACGUGAAUGGAGGGUUCAACUUGUAGCUAGGGAGUUCCUCCCUCCUGACCUGACUUGACCUGACCUCAUCUAGUGUUGUAAAAAGGAGCUGCUCAAUUGUUUCAUCAGGAUUGAGAUGAACAAAGAUUUUUCUGCAUCAAGAUGCGGUUUAUUGAGAAUCCUGAGUUAAGAGAAUGGGUGAAAGAAAACUUGUGCAGGACAGUCUUUCAAAAGGCACAUGAGUUGGCUGUGCAAACUGGUUGUGAAGUACUGGUCAAACUACAGGAUGGAGCUAACCAAUCCGGCCAGUAUUAUGCCACCAGGGCCCUUCAUCUUUUGUACAAAGGGAAAGGAUUGACCAAGCAACCAUGGGAGGUGACAGUAUCAGGGAUCACUGGACUUCCAGAAACCGUCUUGGUGGACAAAAGCAGCCAAAGUGAUGGAUGGAAGGAGGAUGGGGGUUCUAAGGAGGAUGCAGUGGAGGUUGUGUCGGAAGAGAUGACCUCAUCUUCAUUAAACUUGGGGGACUACCAAGUAACAUCUGCUUCAAGUGUCCUCAAUGGUCAAAGUGUUUGCUGUGUGGAUAAUGCCCAAGCUGUAACUAGAACUGAAGAGAGUAUAAAGGGAUCUGUUAUUGUGAAAGAGGAACAUGAACUUGGACAGUUUGCAGAGCCCUGCUCCUCGUCAAUCCAUUCACAUAACCAUGAUUUUGGAAUAUUUAGAGUACUUUCAGAAAACAAGGGAAGCUUUCCUGAUCAGUAUCAACCAAAUGAUGAGUUGAACUCUCUUUGUGAUUAUAACGGUAAUGAUAAUGAAAGUGGUCUGACUUUAGCCAAGUCUGAUGAUACAAUGAAUCAAACUCUGUUCCAAAGUCAAAUUUGUGCAGCCUCUGUAGGAACAGAUCAAAACCAAACUGAGAUUCAUUGUGAGGAAACUGAAACAGUAGUGCCAACUCCUAGGCCAUACAAGUGUGGAAUCUGUAGCAAGACAUUUGGUAGUAUCCAGAUACUGAGCCGGCAUGCCCAGAUAAACCAUGGAAUGGACAGGCAAAUGAGUUUCUUCUGUGAUGUGUGCGGGCAGAGCUACAAGUUGGCACAACAUUUACAGCGCCAUAUGCACAUGCAUCGCACUGUGAUGCCUUACAUUUGUUCUGUAUGCCAUAAGGGUUUCUUCAAUGGGACAAGCUUGAUCAAACAUGAGAAGGUUCACCAAAAAUUCAGUGACAAGGUUUGCACAGUAUUUCACUGCCAGAUCUGUCUAAAAUAUUUUCCGCAGGUGUCUGAGCUGGAUGAACAUGCAAAGCAGGUUCAUGGAAGCCGAAGAUGUGCUUCGGGUGCUCCAUCAUCUCAGCAUGCUUUCCCCACACCAACAACUGAUGAAAUCACAGAAGGAGACACUCAAGAUGUUUUAGAAGAAACCUUUCAAAAUGAUAACUUUCUCUCCGACACAACUGCCCUGCCUGGCGGUAGUUUAAGACCAGUGUCUCCACAAGUCAUUCUUGACUCCUCCGAGAAUUCUGGCUCUCCACAUUCCAAAACAGAACAUAGCAAAAAGAAAGAUGACAACCAAGAAACUACCCCUGGUAGCCCCAUCAGCAGCAUCGCUGAUACUUUCAGCAAUGCCCCAAACACAAACUCAGGGAUUCGUCUGGCCUUUAAAAGAAACAUUGGACUGAUAUCAAGCGGGAGUCAAUCCUCCAACUUGUUCAGAUUGAAUAGACAUAAUUGCAAUAUCUGUGGGAAGAGUUACAAGUACAACUUCUCUUUAAAGGAACAUCUUCUCACUCAUGCCAGUGUGCCUCAGUUUUCUUGUAAGAUUUGUGGAACUAAGUUUACCCGAAGACGUCAGUUAAGAGAUCACAUGUUCCGACACAGUGGAUUGUACCCCUACCAUUGUGAGAUUUGUGGCAAGGGAUGUAUUCGGCCAUCUACACUGAAAAGACACCAGACAGAACGUCAUCGGAUGCUCAAUGAGGAACUUUAAUUACAAUCAUUGUCAAACUCUUCUCUUGUUGUUAAACUCGAUGGGCUCAGGUUUUGUUCUUUUUAGUAUAGAUCUUUAUCAUGCUGCCUCCAUCUUGGUCAUGUUCCUUGUAUCGAAUAACAAUAAUGAAUGCUAAUAAUCGUUAUGCAAAUAGGAACCAGACUCUUUUGUUCUUCAAGCCUCGGAAUUGUUAGGCCAAGUCGAAACGGCGACUUCGGCUACAACUACGGCUAGAUCGCACACGUCUGCUAUUCUUCAACACUGGUAGACGCGCUGAUCUAGACGUAGCUGUAGCCGAAGUCGUCGUUUCGGACACGGCCUUACAUUGAUAUUAAUGGGGACAUUGCAAGAUGGCUGCACCAUGGUAAAGGUCUAUUGGGAACAAGAUCCUAGUGUGUGAUUUCAUCUUUGAAGGGUCAAAUGCUAGCAUGAAAGUGCACUCACAGGUAUUAUAAAAAUCAUUGUUGCAUUUUAGUCUAAAAUCCUACUUAAUAUUAUGGAGUCAUAUAUUUGGUAAAACUAAAUCUGAAAACAGUGCUGAAAAUGGUGCAUGGUUUGUCACAUGUACACUGCGCUAUUCUGUCAGCUCUACAAAUCCUGUGAAAGACAUUCAAUAAUUGUUUUUUAAUUUAAUGCAAACAACCCCUAGGACCAGAUGAUACGAUUUUUUUUUUUAUUUAUUCACAAAUGUGUGUGACAGUUUAUCAGACAGGUAAUGAAAAAUUUACUCAAAAGUUUUACAUCUUUUCCAACAUUAUUAAGCUAUUUAACAAAAUGGGCAUUUAUGAUUGCGAAUAAAAGAGUAGUAACUCGGUCUUUGGGGCGGUUAAAGCCUUGCAGGUUCGUGGGUGUGUGAUAAAGGACAUUGACCUUCACCUCUGUCCUUUAUUGCACCACCACUACUCUCCCAGUUUUAAGCAACCAGUUGUGACCUUGAUGCCACUCUUUUAGUCUCUUGUUUAUUUAUUUAUGUAUUUAUCAAUGUAUGUAUUAAUCAACAGUUUUUUUUUCAGUAUUAUCAGCUUGUUUCUGAUUGGAUAGUUCGCUGUUAUCAAAAGAGAUUGUACGGGUAGUAAUUUAUCUGUUUCGGGGGGGGGGGGGGGGCCGGCUCCCUUCUUUUUUUUCUUUUACUUGAGGACUGAAAUGCAGGGUUCUCAACAAUUACAUAAAGGUGAAAAAAGUGGGGUUUGGGGUUUUAAAUUUCUUCCUUUCUUUUUUUUCGGGUGGGAGGGGGGUGGGUUGGGGUAAUUUUGGGUUACAGAAGUUCUCUCUAACUUGUCACUGGGAAAAGCUUUGUAACUGACCAAAUUAUAAGUGUAGUGCAGCAUUAUAAUUUCUUCUUUCUUGUCCUCUCUAUGCUGUUUUCAUUGUUUGGCACACUAUGGUCUUGUCUUAUGACUGGCUCACACACAACUCUCUGUGUAUGAUGUCACUCUUCCCACCACAAACAAAAGUUCAAUGGGUUUACAACAAGGCCAAGGUAGAAUUUCUUAAACCAAUAAGUGCAGUAUUAUAAAGUAAUGGAUUAUGUAGCCAUCAUUUGAAUUGGAAAUUAAUUUGAAAAUGAAUAAAUUAA